GGCAGAGCGUGUACAUAUACAAACAGCAAUCGGGAAGUUUUCUGUGAACUCUGGGCAUGGAAGAACACUUCAAGAGUUCUUUAAACGGACAUUAGAUUAAUUAAAGCAAAAUUGGGACGUCUAGCGUGAAUAGCACGCUUUAUUAUCGUAUUUGGUUGAAGUCGUUCCCGACGCCUCACACAACACAGUACUUAAGUAAUGGACGCCUCUCCUCCUCUUCUUCGUGUGCAAAGGGAGGAUGAAUUCCGUGCUGACCUUCGGAGGUUGAAAAAUGAGAACAACAAGAUGUCACUAGAGCCACAGAACUCAAAGGCUGUACCCACGCCGAACCUUCCUAAGAAGGAUUCAGAGAACCAAGAUCCUGAGAGGAACACACUUGUGCGGCCAAAAGUGAGCAGACUUCCAGUGCUAAUCAAGUCCCUCCAACCUCCUUCAGCUUUUCAUGAUGCUCAGUGGGAGGAGAAAAUCUUGUCUGGGAAAGCCAAGAAGAAAAAGUCACGCACCAGGCCGAAGCCUUUUAACGUGUCUCGGCAAAAGAGUUUGAAAACAGACAUUGUAACUUUAGAGCCAAAAAAUGGUGCUCGUGCCACCCAUCUUAAAAACAAUGUUUGUAUAAAAACCCAGAAGACAAAAGAGAACCCCUUGAAGAGUCCAGCUGUGUUAAAAAGCACAGUAGCAGUGAGAAAGGAGAAAUGUAUGUUUCCUGAAAAGGCCUCAAGGCAUUCUGACACGUUGAAGUGUGAUAAUGCUGCAAAGCAGACGACUUCCUCCUUUUCUUCUGCCUGUUUGGAUAACAUGAGCCAUCUCAGUCUCAAAGAUCCAGUGAAGGAUGAGAAUGUGCAGAAUAGCCUCUCAAGCCACCCUCACGGCAAAGCUGAGGGAUUCCAGCCCAAUCAUGCCGCUUUGCUCAGUAUACUGCGAAAUGAGGGUGUGUGUGUCUCCAGGCAGCCAUUUGCAACUUCCAGCUCUCAUGCCAUGUUUCCGCAACGAGCGUCUGUUGUAAAGAGUCACCAAAAAGCUGCUGCCAGCCAGAACAAAGGGGUGAAGGCGACUGGCUCCGUUCGUGCCACACCUCAAAACGUACCUGGGAAAGACACGUUUUUGGACACACCAAAGAGAGUUCUGAUUAAAAAGAAUCUGGCCCAAGCAGACAGAGCUGCAGAAUUCCAGCCCGAUUCCUCCUCAUUGCAAAGUAUCCUGCGUAAUGAAGGCGUGUGCAUAUCCACCCAAUUGGUUGCAACUCCACGGUCUCAAUCUUAUGCUGUGUUUCCACGAGUGUCCACUACAAAAAAUCAUCAAAAUCCUGCUGCCAGCCACGAGGAGGUGAAGACUGCAGGCCCUGUGCGAGCCACACCUAAAAAUCCAUCUACAAGAGGCACUAUUGAUACACCACAGAGAGUUCCCAUCAAAAAGAAUCUGGCAGCAGCAGAGAAAGCUGUGGAAUUUAAACCGGAUUCCACCUCACUACAAAGUAUCCUGCGUAAUGAGGGCGUGUGUAUCGCCAGCCAAUCAAUUGGAACUCCACGCUCCCAAGCUUAUUCCAUGUUUCCACAAAGAGUGUCAAUUUUCAAGAGUCAUCAAAAAUUUGCUGGCAGCCAAAACAAGGGGUUGCAGGAUCCAGGCCCUGUGCGUGCCACACCUCAAAAUCCGCUUGGCAGAAGCACUUUUAUCAACACAUCACAGAGGGUUCCAAUUAAGAAGAGUCUGGCCGCAGCAGUUUCAACUCACAAAGAGGCCAAGAAUACAUGGACAUCGCAGAGAGUUUCCCCUCCCAGUCCUGCCAUGGAAGUUGCCCAGGUGUUAUUUUUCAACCAGGAGGAAGGACACAGCCCUGACAAAGGGAAGAAAGAGCAGCUCCCAGUUCUUCAAGUCUCACCUAUGAAAACCCACUGUGAGGACAAAAUAAAGAAUGCUGGCGAUGAAGAAGUGCAGAAUCUUGUGGAAGGACAGCAGUUCAAUCCAACCCUUCAAAGAGAAUCUGUCAUUUUUUUUUCCGCGAGCAAGAAACACAGCGAGCAGAAGAACUUGGCCCGUCAAGAGCUGCGCGUCCAGGAUCCGUCGGAAAAGGGACAAGUGCGUCAUCCUGCAUGUCGCACUAACCUUGCCAGUCAUUUUAUGCACAAAGACCAGAAGACUGGUGUUACCAACGCUGCGCUUGCGAUCCUGCCCAAGCAUUUCGCUCACAUGGAAGAGCUACGCUUGGACAAGGAGGUUGCUUUCUAUAUCUCCCAUUCUAUCUCAGACAGUCCCAGGUUCUUCCCCUCUGAACCCCGCACUAGCAACCCGGUGGCAACCCUGCUGCACCUUCAAGAGUCCAGUAAAUUUGUUCCACUGAGCUUGGAUGCUGUUUCUCCGUGCUCCACUUUGAGAUAGAUAAAUAUGUAAUUGUGUCUUUUUGACAAACCACUAAUACAGAUCCCCAUAUUGUUGAAAUAAUAAAUGAAAUGUAGCCUCAGUAUAAUACUGAAAAGUUGGUCACUGAAGGACAUUCCGUUUCAUUCCAUUUGUUCUCCAGUCCUCCAAGACGACUCUUGAGUACAUGACUGUGUUUUUCUUUCUAUUGUUCCUGUGUAGACCAGCACCUGUUUACAAUUACAAUUUUAUCUGUAUUUGGUUCAAUGUUUUAUUGUUGUUGUUGUUGUUGUUUAUUGUGUGUGUCUCUCACUUGGGGGAAUAAAUGCUUGUUUGUAA